AUCAUGGCUUCUGUGUAUCGAGGAAUCAUCGCUGUGGCGGACAGACUCGUGCCUAAGCGGUUUGCUCCGAUAUGGAACCAUCCUGCUGGACCAAAAACAAUAUUCUUCUGGGCACCGACUUUCAAAUGGGGCCUUGUGGUGGCAGGGCUAGGCGAUCUAACCCGCCCAGCAGAGAAGCUUAGUGUAACACAGUCCACUGCGCUGGCUGCAACAGGAACAAUUUGGUCUCGGUAUUCAAUGGUCAUCAUCCCCAAAAACUACAACCUGUUUGCUGUGAACAUUUUCGUCGGUUUGACGGGCAUUUUCCAGCUCUACAGGAUCUUUCAGUACCGUCAGAGUUUGAAAGGCAAAGAUGGUUCCCCGACUGCCCCAGCUUAGUGGACAUUACAGAAUUUGAAAUUUGUACAAACCAAUAGUGACUGUGUGUAUUUACCAAGGUGUGGGAAGCAUCCAAUCUAUGCCUGGAAGAGCAGAAGCUUUUGUUUUAGGCAAACUUUAUAGAGAUUAUUUCGCAUACCUUUGCUCAAGGAGUAACAUAGACUGGUACAGUUAUCAAGGUAUUCAUUUACUCCCAGCAUUUACCAGGAAGUUUCAUUGAAAAUAUGUUGUUGUGAUAUAGUACAUGCAUGUGCUACACGAUUUCAUACCAGAUA